GCAGCUCCCGGCGCCCGCGCUCCCAGCCGCCUCUGCAGCCCGGCCGCGCCUGCAGACGGACGCCGGCCACGUCCCGCCCAUGGCCCUCGGCCCGCCGGCCCUGCGCCCAAGCCAGCACGCUGCCUCCGCCACUCGCCGGGGGCUGCGUCGACCCCCGAGUGGGGCGAGAUGCUGAACGGCUCCCGCCUGGACAAAGCUCUUAAGAUGUCCUUGCCGCGAAGGUCCAGGAUCCGCUCGUCCGUGGGACCUGUUCGUCCUUCUUCGGGCUAUAAGAAGGCAGAUGAUGAGAUGUCCCGGGCCACGUCUGUGGGAGACCAGCUGGAGGCACCAGCCCGCACCAUUUACCUCAACCAACCGCAUCUCAAUAAAUUCCGUGACAACCGGAUCAGUACGGCCAAGUACAGCGUGUUGACAUUUCUACCUCGAUUCUUGUAUGAGCAGAUCAGAAGAGCUGCUAACGCCUUCUUCCUCUUCAUUGCCUUAUUACAGCAAAUCCCAGAUGUAUCUCCAACAGGAAGAUAUACCACCCUGGUGCCGUUGAUCAUUAUUUUAACAAUUGCAGGCAUCAAAGAGAUUGUAGAAGAUUUUAAGCGACAUAAGGCAGACAGUGCAGUUAACAAAAAGAAAACCAUAGUGUUAAGAAAUGGUAUGUGGCAUACCAUUAUAUGGAAAGAGGUAACAGUGGGAGACAUUGUGAAGGUCGUCAAUGGGCAGUAUCUCCCAGCAGACAUGAUCCUGCUAUCCUCCAGUGAACCUCAGGCAAUGUGUUAUAUUGAAACAGCUAAUCUAGAUGGGGAGACGAACCUUAAAAUACGCCAGAGUUUGAGUCACACGGCUGAUAUGCAAACGAGGGAGGUAUUGAUGAAGUUGUCUGGAACUGUGGAAUGUGAAGGGCCCAACCGCCACCUCUAUGACUUCACUGGAAACUUGAACUUAGAUGGGAAAAGCCCUGUUGCCCUUGGGCCUGACCAGAUCUUAUUAAGAGGUACACAGCUUAGAAAUACUCAGUGGGUCUUUGGCAUAGUUGUUUACACUGGACACGACACCAAACUCAUGCAGAAUUCCACCAAAGCUCCUCUUAAAAGAUCGAAUGUUGAGAAAGUGACCAAUGUGCAGAUCCUGGUGUUGUUUGGCAUCCUCUUGGUCAUGGCCUUGGUGAGCUCAGCAGGGGCCCUAUACUGGAAUGGGUCUCAAGAUGGAAAGAACUGGUACAUCCAGAAGAUGGACAUGACCUCGGAUAAUUUUGGAUAUAACUUGUUGACGUUCAUCAUCUUGUACAAUAACCUUAUUCCCAUCAGUUUACUGGUGACUCUUGAGGUUGUGAAAUACACUCAAGCCCUUUUUAUAAACUGGGACACAGAUAUGUAUUAUUCUGAAAACGACACCCCUGCAAUGGCCAGGACUUCAAACCUGAAUGAAGAGCUCGGCCAGGUUAAAUACCUGUUUUCUGACAAAACUGGAACUCUUACAUGCAAUAUCAUGAACUUCAAAAAGUGCAGCAUUGCUGGAGUAACCUAUGGUCAUUUUCCUGAAUUGACAAGAGAGCCGUCCUCAGAUGACUUCUCCCGGAUGUCUUGUCCCCCUAGUGAUUCGUGUGACUUUGAUGAUCCCAGGCUCUUGAAGAACAUGGAGGAUCGACAUCCCACAGCUCCUUGCAUACAGGAGUUCCUCACUCUUCUGGCCGUGUGCCACACCGUUGUUCCCGAGAAGGAUGGAGAUAACAUCAUCUACCAGGCUUCCUCCCCAGAUGAAGCUGCUUUGGUUAAAGGAGCUAAAAAGCUGGGCUUCGUGUUCACAGCCAGGACGCCCUACUCAGUCAUCAUAGAAGCCAUGGGACAGGAACAGACAUUUGGAAUCCUUAAUGUCCUGGAAUUUUCUAGUGACAGAAAAAGAAUGUCUGUAAUUGUUCGAACUCCUUCAGGACAACUCCGACUCUAUUGUAAAGGGGCUGACAAUGUAAUUUUUAAGAGACUUUCAAAAGACUCCAAAUACAUGGAGGAAACAUUAUGCCAUCUGGAAUAUUUUGCCACGGAAGGCUUGCGGACUCUCUGUGUGGCUUACGCUGACCUCUCUGAGAAUGAGUAUGAGGAGUGGCUGAAAGUCUACCAAGAAGCCAGCACCAUAUUGAAAGACAGAGCUCAGCGGCUAGAGGAGUGUUAUGAAAUCAUUGAGAAGAACUUACUGUUACUUGGAGCCACAGCCAUAGAAGAUCGCCUUCAAGCAGGUGUUCCAGAAACCAUAGCCACUCUGUUGAAGGCAGAAAUUAAAAUAUGGGUGUUGACAGGAGACAAACAAGAAACUGCAAUUAAUAUAGGAUAUUCCUGCCGGUUGGUAUCACAGAAUAUGGCCCUUAUCCUAUUGAAGGAAGAUUCUUUGGAUGCAACGAGGGCAGCCAUCACUCAGCACUGCACAGACCUUGGAAAUUUGUUGGGCAAGGAAAACGACAUGGCCCUCAUCAUCGAUGGCCACACCCUCAAGUAUGCACUGUCCUUUGAAGUGAGAAGGAGCUUCCUAGACUUGGCGCUGUCAUGCAAAGCAGUCAUAUGCUGCAGAGUGUCUCCUCUGCAGAAGUCUGAGAUAGUGGAGGUGGUUAAGAAGCAGGUAAAGGCCAUCACCCUUGCCAUCGGGGACGGUGCCAAUGACGUCGGGAUGAUCCAGACGGCCCACGUGGGUGUGGGAAUCAGUGGGAAUGAAGGCAUGCAGGCGACAAACAACUCGGAUUAUGCCAUCGCACAGUUUUCCUACCUAGAGAAGCUCUUGCUGGUCCACGGUGCCUGGAGCUACAACCGGGUGACCAAGUGCAUCUUGUACUGCUUCUAUAAGAACGUGGUUCUCUACAUUAUUGAGCUUUGGUUCGCCUUUGUAAAUGGAUUUUCUGGGCAGAUUUUAUUUGAACGUUGGUGCAUCGGCUUGUACAAUGUGAUUUUCACUGCAUUGCCACCCUUCACUCUGGGAAUCUUCGAGAGGUCUUGCACUCAGGAGAGCAUGCUCAGGUUCCCGCAGCUCUACAAAAUCACCCAGAAUGCUGAAGGCUUCAACACAAAGGUUUUCUGGGGUCACUGCAUCAACGCCUUGGUCCACUCCCUCAUCCUCUUCUGGUUUCCCAUGAAAGCGCUGGAGCAUGAUACCGUGUUGGCCAACGGUCACGCCACAGACUAUUUAUUUGUUGGAAACAUUGUUUACACAUAUGUUGUUGUCACUGUUUGUCUGAAAGCUGGUUUGGAGACUACAGCUUGGACUAAAUUCAGUCACCUGGCUGUCUGGGGAAGCAUGCUGAUCUGGCUGCUGUUUUUUGGUGUCUACUCAACCAUCUGGCCCACCAUUCCUAUUGCUCCAGAUAUGAAAGGGCAGGCAGCGAUGGUCCUGAGCUCUGCACACUUCUGGUUGGGAUUAUUUCUGGUACCUACUGCAUGUCUGAUCGAAGAUGUGGCAUGGAGAGCGGCCAAGCACACCUGCAAGAAGACACUGCUGGAGGAGGUGCAGGAGCUGGAAACGAAGAUGGGGAAAACGGUGCUUCGGGACAGUAAUGGGAAGAGGAUGAAUGAGCGGGACCACUUGUUAAAGAGGCUCAGCAGGAAGACGCCCCCCACUCUCUUCCGCGGGAGUUCCCUCCAGCAGAAUGUUCCACAUGGGUACGCCUUCUCUCAAGAAGAGCAUGGAGCUGUCACUCAGGAAGAAAUUGUUCGUGCUUAUGACACCACCAAAAAGAAAUCGCAGGAGAAAUAAGAGUUGCAUUAUCCUGAUUGAUGCUAGGAAAGAGAUGCGAUUAUUGCACCCAUUGUGAAUGUGUCUUUGUCAGAAGAGACUGGUGUCAGCAGCCAAAACACGGGGAAACACAUUUCUGUGGCCUUAGCCAACCAGUUUGUUAGUUAUCUAUUCCCGCACAAACCUGGGGUAUGUACCACGGAGGAAGCCAUUUCUCCCUCCCAAUUUGUCUGCAGUGCUUGGCCUAACCUUUGUUUACCUUGUUAUGAAGCAUUCAACUGUGCUCUGUGAAGUGUGAAAUUAAAAACAUUAUGUUACACUGAUAUUUAAACAUCAGUACAAGCUGUUCUGGGAGCAAAGAUAAAAGAGUUUCAUGUUGCGUGAGAAACCCACCUUGUGACAGGGAGCCAGGACACCCUUGCUUCCUGUCUCGUUACCUCACAGAUUUAAGUCCACAGGGCAGCAUGUAAACUUCACUUUAGGCAAGUUGCUGUCUUGCUUUGUUUUCUCUUUUGUUUGUAUGAAAUUGGCAUAAACUUCUUGAUUGCAAUGAAAUCACAAAUAUGUGUAUCUGGGGGGGAAGCCUGAGAAUGUCGAGUUGAACCCCUUCGCCACACUCCCAGUGGGGCAAACCAUCGAUGUCCAACAGCAUCUCCUGUACCUUCCUAGGUGCCUUCCAGCCCAGCCCUCCCAUUCACCCAAGUUCCUCGUCCCAGACACGCAUGGCUGGCCACCCUCUCAGUGCAUGGCCGCUGAUGGGCACCAGUCCGAGUCUACACUCUUUCUACCACAGAUCCAGAUACAUAUGCAAGAAAUCCCUUCUCCCACCACCCUUUCCCAUAUAUAUUCUAAAUGUUUAUCUGCCUCUUUGUGGUGAAGGAAGCCUGUGGGUCAGGGUGGUGGGGGACACCUGCUCUGGUCCGGCUCUCAGUAUCACUUCCCAGCUUCCAGACCACUGGACCCCGGCAUCCACAUAACUUUGAACCCACACUUGUCUUCUUGGGAAUUGAGGACACAUUUUGGAUUUUCGCCAUUGGAAAAUGAAUGAAUUUAGAGCACGUCUCCCCAGCAAAGGAACAGACCUGUUACUCUGUAGUUCUAGAACCAGAAAGGAUGUGCAAACCAAGAUGAGAGAGUGAGGGCCUCCGGGUGUGGGGAAGGAGGAUGACUGCGGAAGGAGGAAGUGCAAACCAAGGACACAGACACAGGGAGGAGGACGUAGGAGACAUUUCCCACCGAAUCUGAGUGGAAACUCUGAAAUCAAGCCCUGAAGCCCAGACAAUUGUCCUGAUCAGCCUAAUGUGUCCAGAAGGUUAAUCAGGAUAUUGACAGGCAGUUUUAAUUGCAACAAAUUCAAAAUAUUUGAAUACCUUUUUUUUAUAUCAACAGGUUUCCUUCCUUAUUCAAUUAAUGUUAGGUACAGGCACUGCUCACAGUAGGAACUAUCCUGAGUGUAAAAUGAGGAAGGGACAUAAUUGACUUUCCGAACUGCAGAGCCCCUUGUUCUAAAUUUGGACAGAACCUCAAUGCCUUCGGGCAGCAAUGUGAGCACCUGGAGCCCUUAAUAAACGACCAGCCUGGAGGCACGUUCUCUCCUCUCCGCUUUGGUUGCCAAACCAGAUUUUUGGAUGGCUUAACAUAAAUACUUCUGGGCAGCUGUUGCUGGUUACAGUGGCACAGCUCCUCUGGGAAUGGCUGUGCUAAAUUAGGAAACAGAACAAUAGUGCACUUUGCCUCCUAGCCCUUUAUUUUUAGAACAUCUGCAGCUUAACAGGCAUUGAAAUAAUUUAGAGUAUGAUUUGUAUUGACUAAGAAAACUAAUCCCUGACUUCCGUUCAAGAUGGCAGUGUAGACAGACAUGGCUCACCUCUUCACACGACCACAUCAAAAUCACAACUAAAAUAUAGAACAACCAUCACUCAGAACCAUCAGAAAUUGAGUUGAAUGGAAUUCUGACAACUGUGGAAUUAAACAAACCACAUCCAUCCAGACUGAGCCAGUAAGCUGGUAUCAUAUUUGAGACUCCAUCAACCUGGCUAAUACUACUUGAUCCACCCUGGAGAUCCCCAGAGACUCUGCCACACCCAACUUAUGGCCCCACCCAACUUACAGGCCUACCCAAGCUGCUUUUCCAUAUGAAUGGCUGGUCUUGGCUCAUGCUUAACAACUUCCUGAGUCCUCUCAAACAAGCAACAGCUGGCCUCAGUGAGCCCUAGGUCCAGCAUUAGCAGCAGUCAACCUAGAUUUAUAGCUUGGCUUUACCUGGGAAUCUCCAAGUUCAGCAUAAGUAGCAGCCAUCACAGAUUGCUUUGUAUCUCAGGAAGGGUGGCCCCAGGCAAAACAUAGGUGGGAGCUGACCUUAGCCUGCACCACCCAGGAAACCCCAGGGCCGGUGCACCCAGUGGACAGGUACAGACAACAUCAGGGCACCACCAUCCUGCCCCUGCACAGCUGAUCCUCCACUGAGGACAGAGGUUGGUGGUCAGUGGUCACAGCUAAUCCUUGCAGCUGAAUGGCCUGGGUAAAUCCCUCCCAUUGAUCUGCCAACAGCAACCAAGGCUCAAUUACAAGAGGAGGGUGUACUCAGCUCACACGUGGGGUGCACCUUGAAUAUUCAGCUUAGUGAUAGGGGAGGCUGUGACACUGGACCCUGUAGGACACUUACUACAUUAGGCCACUCAACCAACACAGGGAGUCAUAGCAGCUCUACCUAAUAUAUAGAAACAAACACAAGAAGGCUGCCAAAAUGAGGAGACAAAGAAACAUGGCCCAAAUGAAAGAACAGAUCAAAACUCCAGAAAAAGAGCUCCAUGAAAUGGAAAUAAGCAAUCUAUCAGAUGCAGAGUUCAAAACAUUGCUUAUAAGGAUGCUCAAGGAACUUAAUGAGGACCUCAACAGCUUAGAAAAGAUCCACUCAGAAACAAAGGAUUCACUAAUUAAAAUAAAGAACAAUUUACAGGGAAACAACAGUAGAAUGGAUGAAGUCUAGAAUCAAAUCACUGAUUUGGAACAUAAGGAAGCAAGAAAUGACCAAUCAGAACAAAAGGAAUACAAAAGAAUCCAAAAAAACAAGGAUAGUAUAAGCAGCCUCUGGGAUAACUUCAAGUAUUCCAACAUUCACAUCAUAGGGGUGCCAGAAGGAGAAGAGAAAGAGCAAGAAAUUGAAAAUCUAUCUGAAAAAAUAAUGAAAGAAAACUUCCCUAAUUUGGUGAAGGAAAUACACAUGCAAAUCUAGGAAACACAAGAGUCCCAAACAAGAUGGAUGCAAAGAGGACCACUUCAAGACAUAUCAUAAUUAAAAUGCCAAAGGUUGAAGAUAAAGAAAGAAUCUUAAAAGCAGCUAGCUACCUGCAGGGGAGUUCCCAUAAAACUGUCAGCUGAUUUCUCAAAAGAAUCAUUGCAGGCUAGAAGGACUAGCAAGAAAUAUUCAAAAGUCAUGAAAAACAGGGAUGUACAGCCAAGAUUGCUCUACCCGGCAAAGCUAUCAUUUAGAAUCGAAGAGCAUAUAAAGACCUUCCUAGACAAGAAAAAAAUAAAAGGGUUCAUCAUCACCCAACCAUUAUUAUAUGCAAUGUUAAAGGGACUUAUGUAAGAAAAAGAAGAUCAAAACUAUGAAAAUAAAAUGGCAAAAAAAUUAUAAAUCUAGCAACAAUUGAAUCUAAAAAAAAAAAGAAGGAAACAAGAACAGAGACAGAAUCAUGUAUACGGAGAGCGUUUUGAUGGUUGCCUGGUAGGAGGGAGGUGUGGGGAAAUGGGUGAAGAGGUGAGGGGAUUGAGAAGUACAAAUAGGUAGUUACAGAAUAGCCUUGGGGAUGUAAAGUACAGUAUAGGAAAUGGAGUAGCCAAAGAAUUUAUAUGCAUGGCCCAUGGACAUGAACAAUAGUGGGGCAUGGCCUGAGGGAGUGAGGGGUACAGAGUGGAAGGGGAGUAAAGGGAGAAAAAUCAGGACAACUGUAAUCACAUACUCAAUAGAAAAUAAUUUUAAAAAGAAAAGAAAACUAAUCACUCACUUAAGAGGUGACUAGGAUUCAGGGCUUGUGGGGGAGCAGGACAAAGCAGUUAACAGGUAUGGCUCAGAAAAUUGCCACGAUUUCUUCUUCAAGGUGAUGAAACAUUUAAAUGCUAUAGCACCCAGCAAGAUAAAUCACUGAAGGACUAUCAUGCUGAAAUUAUAGGAAAAAAAUAUCUAAUAACUAACACAAACCAAGGUGUGUCUUCAUUGAACACCUAGAAAGAUGAUGGUCUAAAUACAGAGGAAGAUUGAAAAUGAAAAUUGAAUGUGCAUUAGACAUCUUGACUACUUGGUUUCAUUUGGAACUAAGCCUAUUUGGAAAAAGAGAACUCAAACUCAGUUGUUUGUCAAAUAUUUAGCUCUUUCUUGAAUUUGAAGCCUUCUGAAUCAGAUUUGUGAAUUUUAGUGUGUAUGUGUGUUUGUUUUGGGCUUCCUGUUUUUUAUUUUAUUUUUUACCUUAAAAUACAGUUCAAAUUUUUGGCAUUUAAUUAUAUUUUCCAAUUUUCUUGAGAAGUAUUCUAAAUAGUUUUUGGAGUAAUGAAAUACGCACACACAAGAAAAUAGUACAUGUGAUGCCUUCCUAUUUAUUCUCCCAUGCAAUUAAGCUAUCUUGUAGCCAAAUGACUAAAUCGGGUUUCUAGGAGGAGCAGCUGUCACUAUGUAUGAUGUAGAAUAUUUAGACAGGGCUGACUCAGGGGCUGUGACAUUUGUCCUGUCUUUAAAUUGAGGUCAGUGUCGUACACAACCCCUCCCCAAGGAGCAGGGUGGACUGGACGAAGUUGCAUACCCUGGCUGUCAGCUCAGUGGAAAUGCCACAUGGGACUUGUCACUCUGCCACAUGGUAAGUGACACAGCCUGGCAGGUCAUAGUCAGCACUACAGCACCUGCCUCUGGAUUGGGCUCCAGUGGCAGCAUCCGCCAGGCUCAGCCCUGGUCUAGUGUUGCACAUGGGCAGACUGCCGACUCUUGUUUGAGUUUAUGUCCCGCUGUGCUGACUGCAGAAGGAGACCAAUCACUCGGAGCACUUGGUCCUGAGUUCAGCUCCACAUCGGCAUAGGCAAGCAAGGGUGGCUCUGGAAAGUGCACACUGAAAAGGGAGGAGAAGAGAGCAGAACAUUCCAACCAUUUCUGCUUGGCUGCCUGGAUUAGCACUACGUUGCUGAUCAGAAUGGGCUUUGUAACAACAGGCGGAUGUCACUGAAAGCGUCUCUCUUGUCUCUAGGCAGAAUAUUCCCGGCUUCUUGACCAGCGAUACCUUCUCCAGUCUCCCACACACAUGCAUAUGUGUGACAACAUUUUCCAGAUCAGUACAGCAUAUAGGGCCUGUGCUUUGGAGAACGGAGAUACUGUUUCUUUGACGCUCACAGAUUAAUAUCCUAAAACGUGAGCCUGGGUUUCAGCAGAGCAAGACUGAGAACUGUGUUGACAUUUUCUUUUCCUUGACAAGGCUUUAGGUCUUGCUGUAGGGAGCUGGCAGUGAAAAUCAGUAAUAACUUGUCAAGAAGCAGUGAAUAAUGAAAAAAAAGUGAGUGUAGGUAACCAACAUCUGAAAAUGCAUAUGGACAUAUAUAUUACAGGCUUUCAGGUGGAAUAUUUUUAAAAUAAGGCUAUAGCCUAUAAUCUCCAUUUGUUAUAACAAUGACCCUGUAUCUUAGUUUUUGAACCAUAAGGAAGAAAACUUUCUAUCAUAUUCUUCUUCCUAGGGAUUUGUGUCUUAGACCGUAAGUUGAAUAGACUGUUUGCAAAACUGUGCUCUAGGUUAAUAAGGUUGUCUUUAGUUUUGAACAUGUGAAAAAAACUGCACACAUUUCAGCCAGGGUUUGAAUUAUUGCCCAGGGUCAUUGUCCCAACGUAAUUCAAGGAGUGAUUUAGCCUCAGCAUUUGAAAUGUAGCCUUCAUCUCCCGGGAUCCAUAAAAAUUGUGAACAGGGAAACUGUGGUUAUAGUUAAGCAGAGCCUGAAAUAAUAACUUAGCAAAUAAAGGUGUUUAUCGGGUUAAGUCAAAAGGCGGCAUUCUCCAUCAUGUCCAUUAAAUACUUUCUUUAUGCAAGUGCUUAAACUGGCAAAUACAACAGUGAUGGAGAGAUUGAAAACAAAGCCCCCCCUCCCACCCAGUAAAAGGGAGAAGCAUACAUUGUUGGCUUUGUUUCUGGCUCUUCAUCGGCUGAGGACAGUUGUUCGUCUCAGGCAGCCUUGGGGAAGAGUACUGAGACUCUCAUUCCAGCCACUGGUCUAUCCUGAAGGGCAAGAAGAACAGCUAGCAGAGUUUCCAUGGGCCGUGGAUCCCCCGUAAUGAAAUAUUAACAAGUAUUCCCAAAAGGAAUGGAUCUGAAAUAGUUGACUUGAUGCUUGUACUCUUCAUGUAUCUUUUUCUCAGCUUCCUGAAUUGUCCCACGGUGCACAUUUCCAUUCCCUGUCACACCCACUUCGUUUGAUGCCAAAGCUCCUACUGGGGCUGUGUUCGAAGCUCUCUUCAUUUUGGGGGUGUGAGUGAGUUGUGAAUCAGGGUGCAGUCUUCAAUGGGAAGGAAGGGCUGCUAACCCAACACAAACUGAAGUGGCCAGAAGCUACAAAGGAAAUGGAAAGAGAAAAGAGGGGCAAGUUCACCCAUUAACUUACUUACCCCCACCUAAUGCACAGCUGCUGAGUCUGACAAACACCUCUGCUCCCCUGACUGAGGGGACACAAAAGAAUGAUUCUUUUUACACCCGGGCUGACUCACUUUCCAAUGACAAUCUCUUACCCUGGUUGCCUUAGAGAUACCUACUUUGCCGUUUCUCCCAGGCACCAGACCAAGAAAAACACACCAGAUUAGUGCACUGGCAUUUCUUCUGACCUGGCUAAAGAAAGAAAGGAGACCUGUUCAUUUUAAAAGUCAGGAACAAAGUGUCAGGUGGCUUUGAUUUAUGACAGAAAUCGGAAGAAGAAAGUUGAAGUAAUAGCACUAUCCAAAUAACGCUGCCCAGGAAACUCAGGGGUCAAGAGAGCUUAUCAAGAGCCUUUUAUAGGCAAGCUCUUCCGUGUGGAAGAAAAAGGGUCCGAAUGAGGGAGAAAGCCCAAAGAUCAGGAUGUGAACCCACAUCCACUGGGAUUGGAUUUAGUCACGUUCCUUAAGGCAGCUUGGUGCAGGUGGAUAAGUAAACACCAAUACAAAAACUGCAAGCGACAGUCUGCCCUGUCAUAGAGUGUUACUCCUUCCAACAAGAUCGCUGAGCAAGGAAAAAUACUUCAGAGUUUUCGUUAAUAAAAUCAAUGCCAGGGCUGACACUCGCACCCGUCUUCCUUCUCCCAUGUUGCCAGUGAUGACUGAGCACACAGUGCCGCCUGCCUCCUGGCUUCCCUCUGAAGUGCUGUGCUACAGCUGCGGCAGGGCCAGCAGCACAGGUGGCACCCACAGGGCCAGCCGGAAGCAGCAGGGUAUGCGGCCUCAGUGGAUCGCCCUCGCUGCAGGUCACUGGAUCGCUGUUUGAAUGCAACAUUUUUGUGGUGUCUCUCUCAUGCAAGCAAAGCCACAUGCUCUCCUGUCUGCUGUCACAUCUGCACUCAGAUUACUUAAAUAUUAUUUGUGACAUGGAGGUUUUAAUCUGGUUAUGCAGAGAGGAGCUGGGCUGUGGGGGCACAUUUAAUUGGCUCCCAGCAGAGUGGUGAGCACUUCUGCGGAGUGUAGGGUUUGUGUUCCCUCCUUCUCAAAGAGUUACCAUUUUCACCUCUUAUUAAUGUCCUCUGGUUGUUAAAUUACAGCAGCACAUUAUAGUGGCGCUGGGUUCCCUCCUGGAGUGAAUACAAAUGAAGGGCAUUUCCUUGUAUUUUUAGAGGUUUUGGAAAAUGUAGUGAUUUGUGGCUUUGAUCAAUCCUGUUGUCUGGUGUAUGUCUGCACAAACCUGUUUCAAAUAAAUCUUUUGUUAAGGUAAA